AUGGGCAUAAGCAGAAUGGGGUUUGCUCAACUCUUCUCAAGUCACAAACAUGAUAUGCAUACGGGACGGACAAAGAAGCCCUUGGUAAUAUCCUCGCCCAUUGGGCCUGUCAAGAACUCCAGAGGAGCGGACUUUACACGCAGUGACGGUUUGAUCAUUGUCGAUGCCAUCAGGGAUUGUGGCCCAACGAAAGAUGAUGAUGGAUUCGAAGUCCCGGGAGCAGUCUUUCCUGAGAAGAAGAUGGCAAUCAGCGUGUUUGCCAGGAAAACACUCUCUAAAACACAAAGCUUAGCAAGUCUUUCCUCCGCAUCAAGAGGUGUUAUGCAGGCCUCGUCCACAACGCCACGCCGUCGGGUCGACGACGACCUUUCGUCUCUUUCAAAACUCAAAAGCGCCUCCGCAUCCACCACCACAAUAUUCACGGAUACUGGAGAUCACGAGUACACCCACGCCACCAGACUACCAGACCAUGGUAGCCUGCACAAGAGCAAACUCAAGUUCGCCACAAAACUUCCACAAUCAAAAACUAUGAAUGUCUUGCAGGAUAUAAAGAACUCGGUCCCUUAUCGAAGAAAUGUGACAUCUACUAUCUCGAAACCGCACAUCAAGAAAUUAGACGCCUCUCUCAAACCAUCGGACGCGCCACGCGUCGUCGUUUUGCGCUCGCUCACGCGCCAUUCACAGGAAGAGUCAGUAUCCUCGAGCACACGCUCCUCCACAACCAAUAUUACAACGCCAGAUUCAUCGAAACAGAUGAAUGGCGCAGUGGAAAAUCCACCAAAUUCCAGACAAAUCGUUCAUGCUCAGCCGUCAGCUUACUGGUCCGGGCGUUUUACCACGCUCCGAGACCAUCUAUGUAACGAGCACAUGGCUUGCGUGCUGUCUAAAGCGACCGACACAAUUCAAACAGGCAUUUCAGGUGACUCGACUAGAGAUGGUAGAAGUCACGAUCCUCAACUUUCAGGCAACCCGCCAUAUCCACUCCAGGACGAGGACGAUCUUUGUCGACAAGUCUUUACCAUUCUCGAAUCACAGUGCAUCACCAAAGCCGCCAAAAUGUCUCUGACACGCUGGAGGGAAAAAUUUGCUAUCCGCCGCUGUCGCCCGAAUCUUUUACCGCAACGCGGUGGUUUUCUUGGUGACUCGCAGAUAUCCAAACGCUUUGCAUCAUCAGGCCGUCAUCAAGAUGUACAAAGCUUGGCUUUUUUAGAAGAUGCAUAUUACAGCAAUGCAUCCAACGCUUUUGGAAUGACGCAUCCACACAGCCUCGAGGGGCGAUAUUUAAAUUUUCGAUAA